CCUGAACGAUCAUACAAAUUGCUCAGUAAAACAUCUUGCAUUUUCCAUUUCCACAUCACAAAAGACGUUGAAACUUUAGUAACUAAAUUAAGAACUCGCCGUCUCAGGUGGAGUUCUCCGGCGAUCGUCGUCUCUUCCGUUUUCCGAAUGGUUAUUAGCGAAGAAAGAAUGGAGAUGGAGCAACAGUUAGAGUGGAAUGAAGCACAGAAGAUUGUGAUAAAUGUGGACCUUGUUGCUGCAGCUAAAGAGCAGCUCAACUUUCUUGCCACCGUUGAUAGGAACCGUUGGCUGUAUGAAGGCCGUGGUCUGGAUAAGGCCAUUCAUAGGUACUACUCAUGUUGGCUACCGCUGUUGGCAAAACACUCCGAGUCCCCCUUCUUUGAAGGACCUUUGGUUGUUCCUUUGGAUUGUGAAUGGAUUUGGCAUUGUCACAGGCUCAAUCCUGUUAGAUACAAGACUGACUGCAAGAAAUUAUAUGGGAGAAUUCUUGACAACCAUGAUGUUGUAUCUUCUGUGAAAGCGGAAUCAAAACAGGAUACUGAAGAGCUCUGGCAACAUUUGUAUCCAAAUGAACCUUAUGAUUUGGACUCAGAAAGAGCUCUUUUCGAAGAUAUCCAUGUGAAACCUAUACAGGCUGAACAGUGCAGUGAUUAUGACCUAGUCUCUGCUGUUAAGAGGCAAUGCCCUUUCUUCUACCAGGUGUCUAGACCACACAUGAACAAUGAUCUCUAUCUUGAAGGUGCUGUGGCUCGAUACAAGGGUUUCUUACAUCUGAUCCGGAGAAACAAAGAAAGAUCGAUUAAGAGCUUUACUGUUCCAACUUAUGACAUAGACCUUAUCUGGCACACUCACCAGUUACAUCCUGCUUCUUAUAGCAAAGACCUUGUUGUCAUUAUGGGUAAGGUGCUAGAACAUGAUGAUACUGACUCAGACCGAACGAAAGGGAAAAAGUUGGAUACAGGGUUUUCUCGAACUACAAAACAGUGGGAGGAAACAUAUGGUUCAAGAUAUUGGAGGGCAGGUGCAAUGUAUAGAGGAAGUGCACCAUCUCCUCUUAGGAAUACUCAUUGCUUCUCCAGAACUGUAAGCAAGAAGGAAGAUACUUUGCACGAGCACCAAAAGAUAAUGCAUUAUCCUGGGAUGGAAGCUGUGGAAGUUAUGUUAGAGUUUGUAGAUAUCAGAAACUUACCAGAAGGGCGCAAGGGAAGCUUCUUCGUCUCAUUUAGCAAGACUCAGCCUGAUAAAAUAUUCAAUGCAAAGAGGAAACUUACUAUUUUGUCUAUCAGUGGGGAAAAAAAGGUUGCUACUUUCCAGUGUGAACCUAAUGGUCAUCUUCUUCUUGAUCUCAUGUUCUACUCAUCUUCUGGUUUGCCUAUUCUGAAUUCUGUGAAACCUAUGGGUUCUGCUAAAGUCUCUUUAGAAGAUUUAAUUUGCCCAACUUCAAAACUUACAAUGGAAAAAUGGGUGGAAGUUGUUCCAAACUCUAAAAUGGAAACACUAAAGCCAAUCUAUUUACGAGUAGCAAUCUCAGUUACAACGCCUAUACCAGCACCAUAUGUCUUUCACUUUGUUCGUUCUCGAGCAUUCUCCAAAACUUCUUGCUUUUUCCCUCUUCCUGGGAGGAUUCAGUAUGCUAAGAAUUGGACUGGUGUCAUCGAUGAUGCUGGUGAUGAGGUCAUUAGCCUGCAAAUGAGGGAUUCGACGAAAUCAAAGGGGAAAAAUGAUUCUACAUUGCACAAGGAGGUGAUUGGCAUAAGCAAGUCUUGCGAGGUACAUUCUUUUGCUGAGUUAGUAGGGAAAGAGUGGUUGCUGCUAGAUGCUCAGUGGUCCCUUCAACUACAAAAAUCCAGCAGUGAUGAUGGCCACCUUUUGGAGUUGGCUGGUCACAGGAAUGUGAAGUUCUUCCCUGGUCAGAAGCUGGAUUAUGAGCACAAGCCUUGCACAAAGCAAAGGAGUCCUGAUGAUUUUUUGACAGCUAUAGAGUUCUCUGCACAGGACCCUUAUGGGAAGGCAUUGGCAUUGAUUGACUUAAAAUUUGGAGUUAUCAAUGUAAAAGAGGAGUGGUUCCUAUUGCCUGGUUCUAUAACAGCUUUUGUACUUUGUGAUACUUUGAGGAAGGAAGGGUAUAGUAGCCUGGUAGGCAGUGCCAAACAUUCCAAAGAGAUUGAUUUUUCAACUCAAGAAACUGACAUGAGCCAUGAAGAAGGCAACAAAGCUAAUCUAAAAUCUGAGUCAGAGAAGGGAAUGCUGUUGGACCUGGAGGCUACCAAAGGAAACAUUGCAGCACCAGCAAAAGGAGCAAUUAGUGGAGGCUGCGGCAGUGGUUGUGGUAGUGGUUGCGGUAGUGUUAUGAGGAGUGGGGCCUGCGGCAGUUGUGGUGCUGGUUGUGGAAACAAAUUGGAGAGUGGUGGUUGUGGGGGGUGUGGCAGUGGUGGCUGCGGGGGAGGCUGUGGAAGUAUGUACGAAAGCAGUGGGUGUGGUGGUUGUGGGGGCUACGGGGGCUGUGGUGGUAUUGGUGGUUGUGGGUGGGAUUCUGAAAGUAGGUCGAACAGCAGUGGUUGUGGAGGCUGUGGCGGCGGCGGCGGCGGUGGUGGUGGUUGUGGAGGAGGUUGUGGAAAUAGGUUGAAAAAAAGUGGUUGUAGCAGCUGUGGUGGCGGCGGUGAAUGUGUUGAUGGUUUGGCAUCUGGCAAAGCUGCUGAAGUUGAUGCAUAAAUGACAUCCCAAAGGAGGCUAAUGCUAAAAGCCAAUAAAAGUCCUAAUCACUUUCAUGCUUUUUAUGUUUGUGGAACCCUUUUCCCAUUAGUACACAAUAAGCACUUCAUGAUACACCAGUGUCUUGUAAUAAGGAUUUUCAGCUGUUUGGCAAUGUUUGUUGAUAUGCUGUUGUAUUACUAUGAAUGUAAAAAGUAAAUAAAGUGUCAAGGAUGAAUAUAGUCAUCUGGUUUAAUUGGAAAUCUAGAUUUCUAUAUCGUACA